ACCUUGGGCUAAACAAAGUGUAGAACUAGGACUCAUCUUCCUAGUAUCUUCUACUUCUCACUGUAACAGCAAAAAUACGGGCAUCAAGGAAAGGUGGAAAAUGUUAAAAGCCAUCAUCGUCUUCCCAAAUCCUUUCAUUGGCAACCCAGAUAUCAAAAUUACCCUUCCUUCUUCUUCCUCUUCACAGGUUAAACAUCUACGCAGAAACAUUCCACUUAAAAUCCAAUCCUGCUCAAUUUCGUUUCAGACAUUGAACCGAACAGUUGGCGGCAUAGAAUUCCCUACCAAUAAUAGCAGCCAUGAAAGAAGACUCACAGAGACUCCUUACACAUAUAAUAAGAAGACGAAAAGGGUUUUCUUCUUAGACGUUAAUCCUCUCUGUUACGACGGUAACAACCCUAGCUUGCACAACUUCGCUCAUUGGAUUUCACUUUUCUUCUCUCAAGUCAGCCACUCAGAUCCUGUCAUAGCAGUUAUUGAUGGUGAUGGAGGUAGUGAGUAUAGAAGGCAAUUACUGCCUUCAUAUAAAGCAAAUAGAAGGAUAUUCUCCAAACAACAUUUACCAUGGAGGAGAGUAUCUAAAGAUUAUGGUUCCUGGUCUGAUUUUGUUGUAGAUUUGUUAAAGAAACUAAAUGUAACUGUUAUAAAAUUGAAUGGUUAUGAAGCAGAUGAUGUUAUAGCUACUCUUGUUGAUGAUGUAUUAGAUAAGGGAGGAUACAAAGUUGUUAUUGCUUCUCCUGACAAAGAUUUCAAGCAAUUGAUAUCUGAAAAUGUUCAGAUAGUUUUGCCCAUGCCUAGGUUUGAUCGGUGGUCUUUUUACACACUUAAACACUACAUAACACAAUAUAACUGCCAUCCAUCUUCGGAUUUGAGUCUCAGAUGCUUAGUGGGUGAUGAAGUUGAUGGUGUUCCUGGAAUUCAACAUGUUGUACCAGGUUUCGGGUUGAAAACUGCACUUAAGCUUUUGAAGAAACAUGGGUCUCUUGAAGAUCUGUUGAAAACAGCAGCAGUUAGAAGUGUGGGGAAACAGUAUGUUCAAGAUGCUCUUACGAAUCACGCAGAUUACUUAAGAAGAAAUUAUCAAGUUCUUGCCCUAAGAAGGGAUGUUGAUGUUAGUCUGGAAGAUGAAUGGUUGCUGGAGAGAAAUACAUGCAAUGAUACAAUGCUGAUAUCCAAGUUUUUAGAAAUCCUUGAUCAAAAACACCUAUCUUGAUUCACUUGUAUCACCAAAUUUUGAAGUUUUAUUUUA